CCUCUGAGCCAACCAAUCAGAGCGCAGUACACACACACACUCGCAGAGAGAGAGAGAGUGGACGGGCGAGGCAGAGUCCCAGUGUUUUUCUGCAGCAGAAAGAGUUUCGGGGGUUUUUGGUUCGACAUUGAGUUGAUGUGUGAGGACAGAGUCAUCAUGGUGACCACCGAGACCCACCAGAGCCAGGACCUACUGGUCCCUUCCCUGAACCAGGACCUGCAGGACCAGCAGGACCCGCUGGACCAGCAGGAGGAGAACCAGGCCUCCCCCUCGUCCCCCCUGGCAGGAUUUGACUCUGAGGCAAAGUCAGGGUCCGUCAACGCCAUCACGGUCCUCACUCUGCUGGAUAAACUUGUCAACAUGCUGGACGCCGUGCAGGAAAACCAGAACAAGAUGGAGGUGCAUCAGGUAGAGAUGGAGGGCGUGGUCAGAGGGAUCCAGGCUGAUAUGACCAAGCUGUCCAAGAGCCACAGCCACACCUCCAACACCGUCAGCAAGCUGCUGGACAAGAGCCGCAAACUGUCCGUCACCAUGAAGGAGGUUCGUGAUAAGAUGGAGCGUCAGGGCGUCCAGGUGAAGAAGCUGGAGGCGAACCACGCCCACCUGAUCAACAGAAACAACUUUAAAGUCCUCAUCUUCCAGGUCAGUGUGAUGAGCAGAGCUGAAGGUCAGAGGUCACAGGUCAGGUAGGGGCUGACUGUGAAA